AUGGAGCAGAUGCGCACUGCUGCUCGCCUGCAGAGGAUUUUGGGGCACCUUGGCGGUUCCUCGAAUGAUAAAGAGACCCAAGGUGAGGAUGUCAGCUCAUUUUACCAGUAUACUUCAGAUAAUAAUGUGCUGAGCUUGGAACAGAGAAAAUUUUAUGAAGAAAAUGGAUUUCUUGUUUUUAAAAAUCUAGUAUCUGAUGCUGACAUUCAACGCUUUAGGGUUGCAUUUGAAAAGAUAUGCAGCGAGGAGUCCAAACCUGUAGGACUCAUUAUAAUAAGAGAUGUGUCCUCUGUGGAAUCAGAGGAUAUACCAAGUGAGAAAACAAUUGCAAGGAUUCAAGAUUACCAGGAAGAUAAGGAGCUCUUUAGAUACUGCACUCUCCCAGAGGUUCUGAAGUAUGUGGAGUGCUUCACUGGACCCAAUAUCAUGGCCAUGCACACAAUGCUGAUAAACAAACCUCCAGAUUCAGGCAGGAAGACUUCCUGGCACCCCUUGUACCAGGAUCUACACUUUUUCCCCUUCAGGCCCAGCAAUUGCAUUGUUUGUGCUUGGACCGCCAUGGAGCACAUUGACCGGAACAAUGGCUGUCUGGCUGUCCUCCCAGGCACCCACAAACUUCCCCUUAAGCCACAUGACUACUCCCAGUGGGAGGGUGGAGUUAACAUUUUCUACUAUGGGAUCCAGGACUAUGAUCAGGACCAUGCCCGAGUGCACCUUGUGAUGGAGAAGGGAGACACUGUUUUCUUCCACCCAUUGCUCAUCCAUGGAUCUGGUCGGAAUCAAACUCAAGGAUUCCAGAAAGCAAUUUCCUGCCAUUUUGCCAGUUCUGAUUGCCACUACAUUGAUGUGAAGGGCACCAGUCAAGAACAUGUUGAGAAAGAAGCCGUGGGAAUAGCAGAUAAAUUAUACGGAAGUGAACACUCUGUAAAUUUCCUGGAUAUUUGGAUGUUUCGAGCUCGACUUGUGAAAGGAGAAAGAAUCACUCUUUGAAACAGUCCUUGAUUAUAACUCUUUCGAAAGGAGAUGAAAGAAACAAGGAGUCUAAGACAAAUGUUUUCAUAUGGGAUAAUGUAAUGUUUUCUAUCACUUGGUAUCAAAAUCAAGAAACACGCCUUGGGAACUUCAUUUUGCAGAGUUAAUUUUGCAGUGCAGUGAUGUUACAUUAGUGGAAGUAAGAACAGUAAAAUGAAAUAUAACUAUUUUCAGAAAAACUGGUUUGGGAUUACAAUCAAUAAAUGUCGCCUCUGAUUUAA